UGAGUUCGUGCAUCUUUACACCCAUUCCAGCACUGAACGAAAAGCACCAUGCAGUCCCUUGCAACACAGCACCAAAAGAACUUCCUCGCUGUGGCAAUGAAUAAAUACGUUUCUUCAGUGAAGAACAUGGAGAACACAGUCAUGUUACCCAGCCUCCUCCGAGACGUCCCCAUCGAGGAUGAAGAUGAAACCAAAAUGGCCACCAUCAGUCCCCAGAACCUGUACGAGUGCUACAGCCUUCUGAAGUCCUUCAAGAACACGGUGGAGUCCAGCAUUCUGCCCUUUGAGCCGCCGAAAAGGAAAAACAGCGCCGGCGAUUUGGAGAGCGAAGAGGAGAAUGAAGAACAGCCAAACCUGGAGAAACUCUUCCACAUCCACUUGUUGGGGCUCUACACUGUGCUAGAUGAACUGAGCAACAAGGCCAACACACUAACUAAACGUUAUAAGGAAAUCAUAGGCCUUCCUCGCUAACCGCAUUGGAAAGAUCACCGAAACUCUCACCCAAGUGUCCAUCCGAGGUUGCAACGUGAAACAGUCAACAAAGCAGCUGGGAAGAAAGCAAAAGAUGUGAUUCUGCUUAAGUUAUAAGCAUGUGGAAAUGCCAAUUGUAAACCUGCUGAAUACAUCUGAAUAAAUUGGUU